AUGAGGACUCUGUUUUUCAAAUCUCCGUCUCCGUCGCCUUCAAACUCUCCCUCCAAAACCACCGCCAUGUUGCAUUUGUCGCCGCGCCACAGCUUUUCUAACUCACUAAUGGAAGAGAAUAUCGAAAUCGCUGAGGCCAUAAUCGCCAUGCAGCACUUCCUCAUCUCCCAAACCACCAACACCGAGAAGCUCAUUCGAGCUCAAAAUCUCAUGCAAUCCGCCAUGAAACGUCUCGAGAAGGAGUUUUACCAGAUUAUGUCCGCCAAUCGGGAGUAUUUAGAUGCCGAAACGAUCUCCAGUCGGUCAUCUAGAGCCUCGACCCGGACCAGCGUAUCAGAUCAAGAUUCCAAGUCGGAGGAUGAGUCACAAGUCGCCAUCAAGUAG